GCUAGUAGUCUAUAGUCACAGCAAAAUGACCAGCACAGCAAUAAACUUCAACCAGGUCGCUUACCUUCUAAUUACGGGAGCAUCACGCGGCAUCGGGCAGAGGAUGGCAAUCGAAACGUCACGCAAGUUCAAGCCGGGUUCCAUAGUUGUACUGUUGGCACGUUCGGCCUCCGGAUUAGAAUCUACCAGAGCAGAAAUCUUGGAGUGCAAUCCUCACAUUAAUGUAGUCACCAGCUCAGUCGAUUUGAGUAACGCAUCUAAGCAGUUACUGGAAGACAUAAUCGAUAAAUCGCUCUCCAAAACACCAGUCGGAAGCUUUGAAUUGGCUGCAAUUAUUCAUAACGUUGGAACAAUUGGAAACGUGGAACGUAAAGCAGUUGAUAUGAGCGAUCGUCAGGAGUGGGAGGAAUACUUUGCCACUAAUCUGUUCACGGUGGGAGUAUUAAACAGUUGCUUUUUACAAAAAUUCCGAGAAUGUGCAAAAAAGUUGGUGGUAAAUGUUACUUCCAAAGCCUGCCUUGUUCCGUUUAAGAGUAUGGGAUUUUACUGUGCUGGAAAAGCGGCCCGCGAAAUGUACUUCAAGGUACUAGCAGAUGAGGAGAAUGACUUGGUUGUAUUAAACUACUCUCCCGGUCCUGUGGAUACCGAUAUGACGGUAGAUAUUCAAGGUCGCUCGAAUGCUGAAGAAAUUCGAAACUACUUCAAAGGUCUACGCGAAACAACAACAAUUCUUACGACUCAUCAAACAACGGAGAAGUUUAUAAGCAUUCUCGAGGCCGGUCGCUUCAGUUCUGGGGAUCACGUUGAUUAUUACGAUUGAAACAUUCCACUUUUUACUUGUUAUUCUACACUUUGCUAUGUUUUUUUGUGGUUGUAAAUCUCACUUAUGUAAUCAAUAAAUGUGCAUUAUUAAAACUGAAA